AUGGACGAGGGAGCAGCGUCAAGCGGCAAGCCGGAGCUCACAUCGUGCUCUACAGAGUAUCUUCACUUGACUGAAGAGCCAUUUGAAAACUACUUCCUGUCCAAUUGCGAUACCGCCAGUCAAGUCGUGGUCACUAGCCCAUUGCCGCAAACCCAGUCGGGCCUGGGUAAUGCGCGACUACUCGUCGCCUGGCCAGCUGGCGACAGUGGCAUCGUCACUUAUUUCAGAUCGGCUGGCCUGUCUGGUGGCUCCUUGUCGGCAAAGCUUUUGGACCUUCCAGGGCUCAAUCGCACUCUCGAAUCGAUGGUCAAUGGAGUCUCCGGGAUACUCGAGCUUGAUGGUUCAGCUCAACUCGGAACAACAAUUAUAGGCAGUAUUCGCUCAUUGCGGGACUACAUCGAAGGCGACGGACUUCUGAACGACGACGUUCAAAAGGGACUAAGAUUCGAGACCCUUCCAGGUGGCGGAGUCCUCAUCAAGAGACAAUGGCUGGAUGGAGUUACUGAGAGUUUCUUGUCACUUCGCCCAACGGAAGGCAGCGAUGAUGCGAUCACCAUGUCCAUGUCGGGUACAGAGGUGCAAAUCCCCCAAGGCACCUAUCGGUUCCAGGCAUGGCAGAACUACCCGUUCGAGCAACGUCUGAGUGAGAGCCAAGUCUUGAACCCGCAAAGUCAGGAUCUCAUCCAAACGAAAGCGACCCAGAUCACCGCGCUGUCUUUCUUGUCAUCCAAAUCCAAGGCGCUGGCUGGCGCCUGGCGUUUCCUGACGUAUUUCGGCCGCGACACGCUGAUUUCCUUCCUGCUUCUCCAGCCCGUACUCAGCGAGGGCGAAGGGAGCAUCACUGAAGCGAUCCUCGGUGCUGCACUCGAGCGGAUCAACUCGACCGACGGUAGCGUCUGCCACGAGGAAGUUAUCGGAGAUUAUGCGACCCUCCUGAACCUCAAAGAUGGCAAGAACUCCAGCGAGCCCCAAUGCGACUACAAGAUGGUGGACACGGAUUAUUUCUUGAUGGUCGCUCUAGAGGCAUAUCUCGUGAAAUCGGAAGUCGGGAAAUCCCGUGCCCAAGACUUCCUUGCGACGAGUGCCACGUUCCUCGCUUCGAACCGCGGUUUGACGUACAACGAUUUGGCCUUGACUACGGUAAAGAAGAUCCUCGACGCGACAGCGGCAUUCGAGAACUCACCGACUGUUGAGAACCUCAUUCAUCUCAAGGAUGGGGUACCAGUUGGAGAAUGGCGUGACAGCAAUGCUGGGCUUGGUGCUGGCAGGGUACCAUAUGAUGUCAACUGUGCUCUUGUGCCAGCCACCUUGAAGGCUAUCAGCAGUCUGACUGAGCAAGGCCUACUUGGUGACCAGCCCACUUCAGCAAACGCGACGAUGGAAAGAGCAGUCUUUUGGGAGGAUAACACGCUGCACCUCUUUCGGGUCAACAUCUCACUCGACGGCGCAACAGAAUUGAUCAAGUCCUAUCAAGGAGAGAAAUACUACGUGGGGCCAACUUCGACACCCGACCUGAAUAGCUCGAUCGCUUUCCACGGUCUCGCAAUUGGUGGUGGUGCGGACCCGAAUGCGGUGGUCAGCGUGAUGAACACCGACGACUGUUUCCGGCUGUUCUUCCUGAACACCACAAACGACAAUCAGCUCUCGGACUUCCUUCAGCAGACAUCCGACAAUAUUCUUCAACCAUUCCCCGUUGGAUUAUCCACACCGCUUGGCUUGGUUGUGGCCAACCCGGCUUAUACAGACAACACUACCACUCAAGGCAAUCUCACCAACGGAGCAUAUCAUGGAACAGUAGUCUGGAGUUGGCAGCUUGCCAUGAUGGCGAAAGGUCUAGAACAUCAAUUAGCCAGGUGCAGCACGGAGACACUUGCGUUCUGCACAAACACCCAGCUUCGUCUGCGUGUCGAGCAAGCGUACAGCCACCUUUGGGACCUGAUCGAUGCCAAUCAGGCUCGCCUGGAUGGUGAGGUCUGGAGCUGGACUUAUGAUCAACAGGCGGGGGGAGGGUAUCAAUUUGCUGCAUUGGGAACUUUAUCUGGGCCGAAUUGGGAGACUGCGGUUGAGAGUGAUAUCCAGCAACUCUGGAGCCUUGCGUUCAUUUCUGUUCAGCGCAAUCCGAGCGUGAUCCGGAGUUAA